AAAUCUGUGUUAUUCAACAAGACAGUGGGCACCCAGGAGAAGAUGGCCGCCUGGAGUCGGGUGAGGGAGAAAGUGUCCCAAGUUGGAAGUGGCACAGCGGACAGGACAGUUCUUAGCAUCAGGCAUCGGUACUAUGACUGCAGGGCAUCAGUAGUCAAAAAAAUAAAAAAAAAGCAGCAGCAGAGGAGGAACAUCAACUUCAAGAACUGGGAGUUGGAGUUAAAGAAGCACCUCCUGCCAGAGGCUCAGACAUCCGAGGCAGAGAGAUCUGAUCAACAAGGCCAGGCUUCAUUAAGGAGUCACCGUGACAGUUCCCCAUCAUCACCUGUCCUGUCACAAUCGGAGAGCCGGAGGGACGUUGAGGCAGAUGAUAAUGUGCCAGUACCUGAGGAGGACAUGGGCCAACCCCUGAGCUCAGCUGCCUGUUCACCAGCUAUCCCCAGUCCACCCAGUCCACUAUCUCCAACCCCAGUACCUGCAUCUGUACCAAUGGACACGUACCUUAGGGUACUCCAAGAAAGGGACAGGUUGUCCAGGGAGACGAGGCACCUUGCACGGGAGAUGCGACGCUUGAAUAGGACCAUGCACCGACUUCACCGUCGGCAGGCCGACGACUUCCAAAUGAUGUUGGCUCGGGUCAGCCAGCAACACCUUCAGGCCACAGCACAGCUAAGGAUGGACCUCCUGACGGCAAUAUCAAGAAUCAGCCAAUCACCUCCAUUGGCUGACACCAGCAGCAGCAACAACUGGGCACCUUCACAAACCUAA